AUGACUAGCGACACGGAGAAGCACAGCUCAGCGUUGGAGGAGGUCGAGGCGCAGCCCGCCUCCACGGGCGGUCCUGUUUACGAGACCAGCGAGAAGGUCGACUACGACAGAGCGGGCGCUAUCGAGGCCGAGCAGCUCGAACAUAGCAUGACUGUGAUUGAAGCUGUCAAAGCCUAUCCCGCUGCCAGUUGGUGGGCAUUUGUCAUGUCAUGCACUAUUAUCAUGGAGUCAUACUGUGUUUUCUUAAUGGGACAGUUCAUCGCCACACAGAAGUUCGCCGAUGAUUUUGGUGUAUACAGCAACUCGACAGGAAAGUACAUUAUCGAAGCGUCAUGGCAGUCAGCAUUCCAAUGCAGUGGGCCAAUCGGUGCCUUCAUUGGUGUAUUCAUCGCAGGUCCCAUUACCAGUCGGAUUGGAUAUCGAUGGGCGACCAUUGGCGGUCUCAUGGCAUUGAACGGCUUCAUCUUCAUCUUCUUUUUCGGUAACAGCCAGGGCAUGUUCUUCGCAUCUCAGAUCCUGGAAGGCAUCCCUUGGGGUAUUUUCAUCGCCAAUGCACCCGCUUACUGUGCCGAGAUUGUGCCCAUGAGACUGAGAGCUCCAGCGACACAGAUGUUGCAGAUGUUCUGGGCGAUUGGAGCCAUCAUCGUCGGUGGUAUCACUUACCACUAUCAAUCCAAGAAUGACUCGUCCGCCUACAGAGUUCCCAUUGCACUCCAGUGGAUGUUCCCUACUCCCCUCGCUAUCCUUCUCUACAUUGCGCCUGAAUCGCCCUGGUGGCUCGUACGACAGGGUCGUCUGGCUGAGGCUGAGAAGGCUGUUAGCCGCCUUGGACGCAAGAGUGCAACUGAUAACCCCGCUGACGCAGUCGCCAUGAUGCGUCGCACGAUCGAACUCGAGAAGACUGAGAAGAAGCCCAAUCUCAUUGAGUUGUGGAAGGGUACCGAUCGUUAUCGCACAUUGAUCGUUUGCGGUGUGUACGCAUCUCAGAAUCUGACGGGUAAUCUGAUUGCCAACCAAGCUGUUUACUUUUUCAAACAGGCCGGCAUGGCUGACAACACCGCAUUUGCACUUGGUCUUAUCACCUCCGCCCUCCAGUGGGUCAUGGUCAUGCUCUCUUGGGUCCUCACCACCUACCUCGGCCGCCGCACCAUCUAUGUCUAUGGUCAAUUCAUCAACUGCGCAUUCUUGGUCGCACUGGGUAUUGCGGCUUCAGUUGGCUCUAGCAAGGCGAUUAGCAAUGCGCAGGCAGCGCUUGGCUUGAUCGUCUCCGUCCUGUUCUGCCUGGGACCCGCCCCUGCCUCCUGGGUCAUCAUCGGCGAGACAUCCUCCGUUCGUCUCCGCCCCCUGACAACCGGUAUUGGACGAGGUGCCUACUACUUGGUCAAUAUUCCUUGCAUCUUCCUUGCCAGCUACAUGCUCAACGCCGAUAAGUGGAACCUGGGCGGCAAGAGUGGUUACAUCUGGGCUGGUACCGCCUUGUUCUGCUCUGUCAUGUCUUGGCUCUUCGUUCCGGAAAUGAAGCACAGAUCCUUCCGUGAGAUUGACAUUCUGUUCAACCGUCAUGUUCCUGCUCGCAAGUGGAAGCAGACUAUCGUCGAUAUCCACGAUGAUGAGUAG